AUGGCGGCUGUAGAGGGCAGCCUGGAGGAAGAAGCUCUCAGGCGAAGAGAGCGGUUAAAAGCCAUGCGAAUCAAAAGUGGAUUACCGGAACAGCAGGUGCUUGAUACAUUAUGGACGUUUUUAUUUUUUCUAAUAUUUCUCUUCUCAGUAUGAAUUAAACAACUAUCACAAAUUGUUAUCCCUCAUUCAUCUACAGUAACGGAUCUAAGACUUAAGAUUUGACAUUUUACGAGUCUGAAUUUCACACUAAAAGCGAAUACGGUGGUUGAAUUUGUACUAUUCCCCACAACAGACUUCUACUGAUAGCGACUCCACGAGAGGAGAGAAGCGAUCUCUGGAAGAGUCAUCUCAACUCAUGUGAGUACUUUUGUAGAUCAGGCGUCCUUGUCGAUUGUCUCGUUUAGGAGAGCCACUGGAAAGAUGUUAUCAUACAAUUUUUGUCUCUUUCUCGUAAACCGUAAUACCCAGAAGAAUUUAUUCAAAUAAUCAAUAGAACUGAGCGAAUGAUACUGGUUUUCAAACUGCCUGAAGAGUUAUAUUAAAUCUGAACUAUUCAGUGGACAAAAAUCCUUAGUAACUUUGGUCAACUCUUCUCUUGUGCUGUUGAUGUAAGAAGUCAGGUAAAGGAAGGGCCAAAGAAGGAAUGACACUGAUUGAGUUUUUUCUUUCUUGUUUUAUUAUUUAAAAUUCCAUUUCAUUUUGAAUCUAAAAAUAGUGAUUUCAUUAUAUAUCAUUACGCAUAUUUUUCUUUUUCUAGCACUCUUUUUCAGGCUUACAUCACUGUUUUGUUACACUAUGUAAUUGUCAUCUUUGCACUUGCACAGCAUGCACAACUAUGCAAUUAACAUAAGCAUGAGCUUCGCACUCUGUAUAAAUUAUAAUGAUUUCAUAAUGAAUAAAGUUGUAAGUUUUGACAUGGAACCGAGCAAAUAACAGUUUGAUUAUCUUAGUUCUUGUUAACUCUUUUAUAGACCUCCAACUAGGCUGAUUAAGUUUAGAAACUAUCUGCCUCGUGAUGAGACCUUGAAAGAAAAGAAAAUACCAAAUACAAAACCUCUUUCAGGUAUGUUUCUACUAUUUUAGCUGUGUGUGGUGUUUCUGGUCUCUUUCCUCCUUGAUCAGAAAUUUCUGUGUCAGAUAUUUUCCAAGUAUUAAAUGGAUAAAUGAAUAUUGACAUGUGGCAAUUGUUUCCUGGUGAUGCUUUAUCUAAUUGGUCUUGAUUUGUCAGCCAGUUGACCUGAAAAAUUAUUGUUGCAUGUAUUUUUAAGGGGUUGUGCGUUAAAAAACUGUAUGACUGUUUGUUCAUUGAGAAUAAUUUAGCCUAAAAUUUACAAGAUUGUGACUACAAUCUGUGAUAAUCUUCUUCAUUGGUACUAUUCUAUUUUUAUUUUUUCUGGGUUCAAAAUGGCAAAAUUCAGAAACUGUAAACAUCAGAAAUAAUAAUGAAUGCUUUUGUGCUCAAAGGAAAAACCCAAUUGGGCAUCAGAAAACUAAGCCACAAAUAAAAAUGGUAAUAGGUUUGUGGUUUAGUGAUUUUCUUAUGUGUCCUGAACAUUAUUGUGAUUGGUCAAUGCAAAACCGACUUGUCAGACUCAAAGCAAAGUAUAAGCCUUUGUAUUUUCUUCUUUCAACUGCUUGAUAUCAGAAUUCUUUCGCUUUCUUCAAGUCAUUUGUAUUUUUUUAUUGUGGCAAUACUGAUACAGCUCCUUUUUAGAACUCAUUUGAUAUUUGUGUCUUGGGCUCUUAUUUUAUCUCACAGUUGAAGAUGAAGUGCAAGAGCACCUUGAGAAAGCAAAGGCUGACAAAGUUAUAGAAGAAGUGGUAAGGAAAACCACAGCUUAACGUAGACUGAACACAUGUCUUGAGAUUUAAAGGGCAGUGUACUUGUUAUGUUCCUUCAACAUGUACAUUUGUAAUAUUGAUCCUUUACUAUCGGUCACCCUGAGAUCAAGAAGUAUGGGAAGUUAAUUUAUCAGUUGUUUAUGGCUUAUUUUUGGGAUGGAGGAUAGAGAAAAUUUGAAUCAAACUUCACCCAACAGGUAAGUUUCAAAAACAAGGAGAAGGAAAAUUUACUAAAUACAAUUUGCAACACUAGCCCUACAAAUGAUAAGGAGAAUGCUGAUUUGAAUGUUUACUUAAAGAAAGCAUCUCUAUAUAAAAUGUAAAAUGGCAAGCAUUUCCUUGUAAAAAUAUUCAACAACUAUCUUUUUUUUGCUUAUUUUACAGGACCUGGCCAACUUGGCACCAAGAAAGCCUGACUGGUUAGCUCUGAUUUUUUUGUUUUGUUUUUUCCUUUUUGUUUAGUUUUAAGACCUGAAUAUGGCUCUUUGAUGCGUUUCCUCUGUAGUAUUUUCACAACUCACCCAAAAUGAAUUUGAAACUCCUGGCAAAAAACCAAAAUCAGCCAACUAGGUGAUGGAUACUUGUUAAAGAAAACAAGGGAAAACAUUUUGUUGUAUUACUUUGAGUGAUCUUGAUGAACUUUUGUGUUUUGGAAUUCAGAUAAUAACAAUUGUCAAUAAUCAUUGAUCCCUGGUCUGCUAUGUAGGGGAACUUCAAGACUGUAUCUUUUGCUUUAUAUUAAGAUGUGAUCUAUAUUUGAAAGAUUUUUGAAAUUCAUCAUGGCAAAGUUUUCCUUAAGAAACAGUUGCUCCUGAACAUAUUUGGAUUGCAAUGUUUUGACAGCAUUUUUUGCACAAUGUACAGUGUUUAAAAAAAUUGUCAUCUAAGUCCUGCAACUAGCAAUAACAUUUAUUGAUUUAGAAAGUUAUAUAUACCUAUUUAGGUGUUCUCAAGUGAUGUACUUGUUUACGACUCUUUCAAAAGUUGGAUUACCAUAGUUCUAACUACAGCAAUUUUUUUUAGGGAUUUAAAACGAGAUGUUGCAAAGAAACUUGAAAAGUUAGAGAAAAGGACACAGAGAGCAAUAGUUGAACUUAUAAGUGAGUCUGUAUUGGAGUCUCCACAUUUGGAUUAAGGGAUGUAAAUUAACAACCUCUAGUCAAUGAAUGACAUUUAUGCAUACCGGUAACUUGCAAACAAUGGUGUAUUUUAUUUUUACCAUUGGAGAGCUUAAGGAAAGAUAUUGUGGAACAAUAAACUGCCACAAGAAUAUGAAGGUCCUUUUCUGUGGGCAGACCCCAUCUGUGCCCAUGGUUCUUUCUUUUUCUCUCAAAUUCCUGUGUUCCCCCAUCACAAUUUUAUCUGUGAAUCUACCUGUGCUUCAGUUUAACUCACUCAGGUAAGGGAUAGAACCCUUGUAUAUUGUUUAAAAAGGUUUUUGCCCCUUGGAAAUUACGAUAGAACUUGUACAUUUCAUUUAAAACCCUUUAGCCUCUCUGUGGUACUGUUUGUGUUGUUUCCAUAGGGCAAUCUUUUUAGGGGAAGGGCUGGAUGCUUUGUGCAUUAGAGGGGGCUUUUUUCAAUUUUUCGGACUUAUGGGGAAACGUAUUGGAGCUGUGUGCUAAAGCAAGUUCUUUAAGUAUUGAAGCCACUGCUUCUAAGAUGGAAAGACUUUUGAUAGAAGUCGUUGAAUGGUUUUGGUCCAUUAGGAGAUCGGUUACAGCAAGGAGAAGAUUUAGCUGCAGCAGUCAAUGCAGCAGCCUCAGAACAGAACUAUGAAGCAGAGUGAAGAUUAUCAGCUGUGUUCACCCUAGAGCAAUGGACGCUUGUCUUGUACAAGGAAACGCUUCUCUAAAAAGAACAGAAAUACAAUUCCCUGGUCAAGCCAUCAUCGCUUGGUGUUCAAAAUGGACGUUAGUUGUGAGACAAGCAGACUGACGUCCAGAAUGUCCAUUGUAAAACUGCCUCGCGUGUUGUAUAUAGACUAAACUUCAGAAUUAAAGCCAUCUGUUAAUGUACAUGACACUCAUUAUGAAGGAAAUAAAUUUGGAUAAUUUCUUAUUUUCAAGGCGAGAAAUGUUUCAAAGAAAUUAUUCAUAAGAUAUCCAAACAAACGUUGUCACGAUUGCCUACUUGUCUGUUGAUCUCCCACAGAAACAUGG